AUGAGGCGGUGGCUUGCCACAUUUCUACAAACUAUUAUGGCCCUGAGCAGUACGUUUAUGCUGUGGCAAGCUCUAUGUUUGAUAACCAACUCCUCCUGCCCGAUAAUCGUGGUCAUUUCGGAAUCCAUGGCUCCAGCCUUCCAUCGAGGAGAUGUCCUUUUGCUGUACAAUCGACAAGAAGAUAUUCGUGUAGAAGAUGUGCCGGUCGUCUGGUUCUCUGGUCAUCCGCUGCCGAUGGUUCACCGCGCAGUCCAGGUCCACUGGGCACUGAUCAAUCACAAACCAACGCAGUUGUUGUUGACCAAGGGUGACAACAAUGAGGUGGUCGAUGUUCCACUUUAUCCUCCUGGUCGGCAUACUGUCACAAGAAGCGAAGUUAUUGGUCUUGUGCGCGGUUAUGUACCUUGGCUCGGAUGGAUCGCCAUUGCACCUAGAGACUUCCCUUGGUUGUCAACCUUGAUCAUACUGGUUGGAGAUGAACCUAAUACGUGA